AGAAAACGAAGAAGAGGAGGAGGGGAGGAGCAGAGAAAGAGAAGAACGAUUAUUAUUACUGUUUAUACUAUUGGUUGAUAGCUUUACGCCUGUUCAUAUGUUAUAUUAUUUCGUUGCUGAUUAUUAUUUAUGAACUAUAUUGUAGAGCGAAAGUAAAAUGGACGACGAAGACGUGAAGUGUGUUCAGUUUUACAUUUGUGACUGUUUUAUCACAGACAAUAUUUUUCUGCAGAAAUACAAACUACACGUUCGCUUUGUAUCAGAGCAACAGUUCAGACUGGACUAUGAACCUCUGCUCAGGACGCUUAGCUGCGACACUGAACAACAGUUUACGGAGGUGCUGAAUGAGAUUUUACAGGAAGUAGACAGGCGACGGCGUUUCAGUGCCACAUCAGCUGAGAGAUCUGCAGUUAUUAAAGACAUUUACCAGCCACUUCAUCCUCAACUCUACUGUCUUCAGGAAUCUUACCUUGCUCCAAAAUUCAAAAAGAUUAUAGAGUAUUGUCAACGCAGUGAUGCCAGUCAACAGGGCCUUCUGGACUUACUGGAGGAAGAGGCAGCACCGAGAGUGUACCGUUUCCCCGUUUUUGAAAGAGGUUUCUGUGAACAGCUGAUGGAGGAGUUGGAAAAUUUUGAACAGUCUUCAGCUCCUAAAGGAAGACCCAACACCAUGAACCAUUAUGGAAUUCUUCUUAAUGAACUGGGUUUUGAUGAGGGUUUCUUCACCCCACUCCGUGAGCAGUACCUACGUCCACUCACUUCUCUGCUGUACCCAGACUGGGGGGGUCGCUGUCUGGAUAGUCACAAGGCGUUUGUGGUGAAAUACGACAUGAAUGAAGACCUGGACCUGAGCUACCACUAUGACAAUGCAGAGGUCACUCUGAAUGUUUCUCUGGGCAAAGACUUCACUGAUGGAAACCUUUAUUUUGGAGACAUAAGACAGAUUCCUUUAUGUGAAACAGAGUGUGUAGAGGUAGAACACAGAAUGACAGAGGGCCUUCUCCACCGGGGGCAACACAUGCAUGGGGCACUGCCCAUUUCCUCUGGCCAGCGCUGGAACCUCAUCAUCUGGAUGAGAGCCUCACAGGAACGAAAUAAACUGUGUCCCAUGUGUGACAGGAAACCCACCCUGGUGGAAGGAAUGGGAUUUGCUGAUGGCUUCACCAAACAUUCAGAUGCUUCCACCUUAGUCUCCUGUGUUCUGACGUGAUGUUUAUAGUUGUUGCCAUGCUUGCUUUGAUUAAGAUACUCUGUUGUACUUCAUUAUACAUGACUUGCUUUUUUGGAGAGUACACUUUGUGUAGUGGCACCUCUCACCUUCUAGGUAUGGUAUUUUAAUAAAGGCCAAUCUAGAGUUGAA